AUGUCCCGUAUCAGCUUGGAGAACUGCGGUAUGCAGGUUUCGGAAUCGCUCCAGCCGUCCUUCCAAUUCGUUGGGAAAAGUGGAAAUGGUCACCAAUGUUUUGGAGUUCUACAUGUCGAAGCCCACUUAGCUGCAACAUCGACCGUCAUGGUGGUCAAUCAACGACGGCUAUUCCUCUCCAAGGACUCUGGAAGACAUAUCUUCGAACAACACAUUGAAUAUCUGGAUGACUUAUCCCAGCUUUUGGAUGCUUUGGAGUAUAAGGAAGAGUAUCUUAGAAAAUUCUUCAUCGUGGAAAGGCAAGACCCAACCCAUGAUCGCCUUACGAAGAUGAUUGAGCUUGCAAUAAGCGACCUUCAAGUCGCACGUAAACAAUUCUCAAAGCUGGUUGAGGACCUGCGUACAAAUCUCAACAUAGGAUUUCAACUGCGCACCAUCUCGCAAAACGAAGCAACCCUCCUAGCUGAAUCGAACAACCGAGCCAUCCUUGUAUUCACCCUUGUGACAAUCAUUUUCCUCCCGCUUUCUUUCUUUACCUCCUACUACGGAAUGAACUUGCCGGACGUAGCCAAGACUGACAAAACGCAAGCUUGGUUCUGGAAAGUCUGUGGAACUUCGACUUUCGGCAUCGUUGGCUUGACUAUUCUCUUUGGAUUCAAAAAUCGAUGGACUGAAUGGUUAUUCUGGACAGUCGCUAGAGAAUGGGAUAUCCGAGACGAAACUGUAGAUCUUUCAGACUAUUAUGGAUGA